AUGGGCAACAGUUCGCGGACUCGUCCAGGGCAGACUAGUAGUAGCGGUAUCGCAAAGGGUCAGACAAAAGACGUCAAGGAAGUCAACUUAUCACGCUCAAACCGAUCCAAGCCUUCCAACUCCGCCAGGCACCCGCCUAUGAAGAGAGCAAGGACGCCCGUGUUGGGCGGCCACUCCGCAGAUACUAGCUCGUCGACGAGUUCAGAAGAUAUUGCACCGGAAAUUGUGGUCUGGACUGGGGACAUGGAUCUGAAGGAUUCAGAGGAGUCGCCCUUUCCAGAAAGCCCACUGCCGACAGAUGACUCUCCACAGUUACCAUCACUAUCGCAAGCCCCAGAAGGACCAAGUGUCAUAGAUGCAGACGCUUCGAGCCAGUUUUCAUCGCCCUUGUCAGAGCCUCCAGAGUCGUCACCAAUUAUAUCACCUCAAGAUGAUAUCGCGGUGGAGCAAGAAAACCCGAUCCCUCAAUCCGCAAGUAGCCUAUCAGACCAGCAUUCGAACUCAUCAUCCCAUGCGCCAUCCGUGACGAGCAAGGCCACGACUCCUGUGGAUGCGGAUAGACCAAAGGAGCCUCCAGCAAGACGACAGUUAUCUGAGCCACAGCCUUCUCCGCUAGUAUCUCCCUCUCCGGAGCCGCCUGCGGAAGAGCAGCAACCGAAACCCACUAUGGAGGAACCUCCUCAACCGGAUGAACAACCACAAGCUGAGCUGCAAGAAGAGCCAACAGCUCAACCGGAACGGGUAGCUCGCCUUUCGCCUUUGCCAUUGAUUGACGAGCCCCCUUCGGCAGCAGUUGAAAGUGCAGCUCCACCUCAGGGCCCAAAGUCACCGAUGAACGAGCGGAAGAUCAAGCAAGAGUCGCCGGAGGAGGUAGUGCUGGAAUCAGCAAGGCAAGCUUCGCUGCCUCAAGAUACCGGAACCCUUGAUGUAUCGAUGGAAGAAGCUCCUGGGACGGAUGCUGUGGUGCAAGAAGCACCAACGCAAGAUGUCCCGAUGCUGGAAGCGCCACCCCAAGAUACACCGGACCGAGAAGCACCACCAAUGGAUAUAGUCAUGGAUGAACCUCCCGCUUACGAGUCUCUGUCUCAUGAACCUCCGGCAGAAAGGCCUGCGGCACAAAGUGUUUCGACGCUAGAUGCUUUAGCACAAGAAAAAACAGCACAAGAAGCUUCGAUUCAGGCGACGCCAGUACACGAAGUCCCAGCCCAGCCAACACCAGUACAAGGAUCCUUGCCUCAAAACGCAGGGACAAAUACGGUGUCCACGGACACACCGAGGCGGCGAUACAACGUCCGCCCCAAAGUCACCAUACCUCCCGAUCUUCCGCUACCGGAUUAUGCUAUGCAAUGUAUUACGGCCGCGGAGGCUUCGAGACUCAACCCAUAUGCUUUGCACCAGGAGGAAUAUCUCAUGCUUAGAGACCAUAUCAGCCACGCCCAAGUAACAACGUACCUGAAUAUCAGGAACGGUAUUCUAAGGUUAUGGGUAAGGAAUCCUCAAAUAGCUGUUACUCGAGAGGAAGCUGUUGGGUGUGCCAAAGACACUCGCUGGUUCGAUGCCGCUAGCCUAUGUUUCGAUUGGCUUGUUCGUCGGGGGUAUAUCAACUUUGGGUGCGUAGAUUAUCGCCAUUCAAAGAGGCAUACUUCCAAAGACCCACCGGCUACAACCCUCAAGCAAAGAACGGUCGCUGUUUUAGGGGCAGGUAUGGCUGGAUUGGGCUGCGCGAGACAGCUUGAGGGACUAUUUGCGCAAUAUGCAAAGAAGUUCAGAGACAUGGGUGAAGAGCCUCCGCGAGUAAUUGUAAUCGAAGGCCGGAACCGAAUAGGCGGCAGGGUUUACUCUCGUCCUUUUGCGUCUAAACCUGCACGAACCCCGGAUAAUUUCCACGGGAAGCGAUUUACCGCAGAGAUGGGAGGUAUGAUCAUUACGGGAUUUGAACGCGGCAAUCCCAUCAAUAUCCUGCUCAGGGCACAGCUCGGAAUUCCAUACAGGCCGUUGCGACCAGACACCACUCUAUACGACUCGAACGGCAGGCCCGUAGAUUUACACCGAGAUCAGCUGGUCGAGAAUCUGUACAAUGACUGCCUUGAUCGGGUCAGCGAAUACAAGUUUAAGCAGCCCACCUCGAAGCUGAUUGAGGGUAAUAGGGAAUUGAUUGACGAGGGCAAGGAUAGCUCCGCAGAGGCCUACAAAACUAUAAGGCAGGUAGAAGAAUCAACUGCCGCUCAGCCGCAUGCGCCGCCUGUGUCGGAGCAGAGCAUAGCACCACAGGUGAAUCUUGUGCCAAUCUCAUCAGACCGUGCUACAGGUCGCGUUCACACGGAGCCUGGCACGCCAGGCGCACUCAAAGCAGCAUACAAGGCGAAACUUUUGGGGUGGGCCUUGAAGCAGGGUGUCUCAGAAGAUGCCGACCUCGACCUCGAGACACCGGCCAAAGAGCCUGGUGCCAACCUCGGGAGCGUUGUCGACAACAUGAUAGCUCAGUACAGAGAUAUUGUGGACUUGACUGCACAAGACUACCGGCUCCUGAACUGGCACGUCGCCAACCUGGAGUAUAGCAAUGCCAUUAACUACAACAAAUUAAGUCUCCAGGGAUGGGACAUUGAUGCCGGUAACGAAUGGGAAGGAAGUCACACCAUGGUCAUCGGCGGCUAUCAGAGCGUACCGAAGGGCCUUAUGCUCCUACCCACGCCGCUCGACGUUCGACGAAAGUCACCCGUUAACAAAAUCACAUAUACCACAGAAAGCACGGCAGGGCCAGCAGUAAUCGAGUGCGAAGAUGGAUUCACGGUGGAAGCUGACUUCGUAGUCAACACGAUACCUCUGGGCGUGCUCAAGCAUGGUAAUAUCAAGUUUGAACCACCGCUGCCGGAAUGGAAGUCUAGUGCCAUCGAACGUAUAGGCUUUGGUGUUCUCAACAAAGUCAUCCUCGUGUACAAGGAGGCAUUCUGGGAUGAGGAUCGCGACAUCUUCGGUGUCCUAAGAAACCCAUCUAACCGGCACAGCCUGGAUCAGAAGGAUUACUCCUCACAAAGGGGUCGUUUCUUCCAGUGGUUUAAUGUAACCCAAACCAGCGGCUUACCAGUCCUGCUAGCUCUUAUGGCUGGCGACGCCGGCUACGACACCGAACAAACCUGCAACGACGAUCUCGUCAAAGAAGCAACCGACGUCCUCCGCCGCGUCUAUGGGUCAAAGGUCCAACAGCCGAUCGAGGCCAUCGUAACCAGAUGGGCAUCGGACAAGUUCGCGCGCGGAAGCUACUCCUCCGCGGGUCCCGACAUGAAAGCGGAUGACUACGACACCAUGGCCAAGCCCGUCGGCAACCUCUUUUUCGCGGGCGAGCAUACAUGCGGCACCCACCCAGCCACAGUCCACGGCGCCUACCUCUCCGGUCUCCGUGCCGCCUCCGAGGUCCUCGAGGCGAUGCUCGGCCCCAUCGAGAUACCCACGCUACUCAUCACCCCCAAGGAAUCAUCCUCCCUAUCCCUCAAGCGCAAAGCCGCAGCUCUGACAUCCGAAUUCACCACUACCACCGUCACGAACAGCUACGGCACCAUGUCCUCCACCCGUAACCCCGAACAAGCCCGCCUCGAAGCCUACGACAUCUCCCUCUGGGACUCCAUCACCUCGCAAAUUGGCUUGCGCCCCCCGAAACCCUCCAAACCCGUCGUAUCAGGUUACAUCUUCUUCAGCAAAGCGCACUACGACGACGCGCGCAAGCGGUGCGAAGCCGGUCGCAGACCGGGGAAGGGCAAAGCAAGCGGUAACGAGGUCAGGAUGAUGAGUGCCAAGAUGUGGAAGGAUGCUUCACCAGAAGAAAAGAGACCGUUUGAGGAACUGGCGGAGGAAAGCAAGCGUGCAUAUGCGGUGGCGAUGAAGGAGUGGACUGAGAAAGCACAGGAGUGGGAUCGCAAAGCGACGGAGUUGAAGGAGGUUUACGAGAGGGAGAAUCCGUAUGUGCCGUUGAGUGCGCUGGUUGUUAAAAGUGAGGAGGGGGUUGCUGCUGCUGCUAGCGUUUCUAGUGGCAGUAAUGGGAGGAAUGGGAGGAGGGCAAGGUGGGCGGGUGAGAAGGUGGGGAGUUAUGCGGAGGAUGGGGGGAGUGAUGUUGAUGUUGCGAUGACUGGGUGA